UGGGGAAAGUCAGGCAUCAGCCUGGGCAGUUUGUCUAGGUGCAUGCAGAUAGGGAGCCCAGGACGCCGUCGGGAGCUAGGGAAGCCCCAGACUUCUGUUUUCGUAGCCCUUUCCACAAAGGCUUUUAAGAGGGAACCCCCAAAACGUCCAAUCCACUGGUAGGUCUGGCAGAAGGCCGGGCCAGGGUCAGAGGUCUUUGCCCAGAGAGAUUCUCAAGUCCUCAUCCUGCUGCAUUCGGGCAGGCUGUGGCUGCGCUGAUCCCAAGCUGCGGGGAUGGAGGCUUUCCUUCUCUCACCCACCAGUGUCCUGCUCCGGGGAUGGCGCCUGGGUCCCAAGCUUUUCCUGCGCCCCUCCUCCCAGCCCCCAGGCCUGGCUGCGCUCUUGGGCUGGAUGGCGUGAAAGUUUCAGCCUCAAUCAGUACAAUCUUCCCUCGGGGUCACGUGAACAAAUAUGCUCGCAUUUGAAGGCAGCGUCUGUAUUUCCCGACUAUGAGGGGGUUUCCGGGGCUCUCUCCAAAUUCAGAAAGGACCACGUUCCGAAAGCAAAACAAACCCAGAGCUCUGGGGGGCCUGGGAGGGCUGGGCAGGAACCCAGGAGUGGGUGGGGGAGCCAGUGGCCGCCGCUCUGGGCCUGGGAGCGGACCGGCGGGCGGGUGGACCGACCAGCGAGCAGCGCAGGCGAAGCCAGCUUGGGGACUACAAACUCGUUCCUCCAGCGUUUAUUGGUAGUUGAACCUCAGCCUGGUUCCGUUCUACCGGGAAUUCCGUGUGCUCGGGUAUAUGGCCGAGUCUGCAAGCGCGCAAGACCAGGGUUGGGACACUGUUGUCUGCAGACAAAGGGGGAAGACUAGCUCUGCCCCCCACUGGCGCCCACUCUGAGACCGAGGACACCAGGUUUAUGAUAAAUUGGGAUCCAGAUCUGCUUCCACAGAGUAUCAAAGAAAACUGAAGAGCCUACAAAAAGAGUUAGAAACAAAAUUCAAGGAAAUAAACACAUACAAAAUUGUGGUCACCUGGAGCUGGGGAGCUGGCCCAGCUCCCUCGAGGAGAUUCAGCAGCCCCUGGCCUCGGUGGUGAAGGAGACGGUGGUAGUCAAUGUUAUUUGAGCGGGGUCAGCAGGCCCUGGAGCUUCCUGAGUGCACCAUGCAGAAGGCUGCGUACUAUGAGAACCCAGGGCUCUUUGGAGGCUAUGGUUACAGCAAAGCCACCGACGCUUAUGGCUACAGCACUCCUCACCAGCCUUACCCACCCCCUGCGGCUGCCAACUCCCUGGACAGUGACUACCCAGGUUCUGCCUGCUCCAUCCAGAGCUCAGCACCUCUCAGAGCCCCGGUCCAUAAAGGAGCCGAACUCAAUGGUAGCUGCAUGCGACCUGGCACUGGGAACAGCCAGGGUGGAGGUGGUGGCAACCAACCUCCAGGUCUGAACUCAGAGCAGCAGCCACCACAACCCCCUCCUCCACCACCCACCUUGCCCCCAUCCUCGCCCACCAAUCCUGGAGGUGGAGGACCUGCCAAGAAGACCAAGGGGGGGCCUAACGCUUCCAGCUCUUCAGCCACCAUCAGCAAGCAGAUCUUCCCCUGGAUGAAAGAAUCCCGGCAGAAUUCAAAGCAGAAGAACAGCUGUACCACUUCAGGAGAGAACUGCGAGGACAAGAGCCCCCCGGGCCCAGCAUCCAAGCGGGUGCGCACGGCGUACACGAGUGCUCAGCUGGUGGAGCUGGAGAAGGAGUUCCACUUCAACCGCUACCUGUGCCGGCCGCGCCGCGUGGAGAUGGCCAACCUGCUGAACCUCACCGAGCGCCAGAUCAAGAUCUGGUUCCAGAACCGGCGCAUGAAGUACAAGAAGGACCAGAAGGCCAAGGGCAUCCUGCAUUCACCGGCCGGCCAGUCCCCAGAGCGCAGCCCACCUCUUGGAGGAGCGGCGGGCCACGUGGCCUACUCCGGCCAGCUGCCGCCGGUGCCCGGCCUCGCCUACGACGCACCCUCGCCACCCGCUUUCGCCAAAUCGCAGCCCAACAUGUACGGCCUGGCCGCCUACACGGCGCCGCUCAGCAGCUGCCUGCCGCAGCAGAAGCGCUACGCGGCUCCCGAGUUCGAGCCCCACCCGAUGGCGAGCAACGGCGGCGGCUUCGCCAGCGCCAACCUGCAGGGCAGCCCCGUGUACGUGGGUGGCAACUUCGUCGACUCCAUGGCGCCCGCAUCCGGGCCGGUCUUCAAUCUGGGCCACCUCUCACACCCGUCUUCGGCCAGCGUGGACUACAGCUGCGCCGCGCAAAUCCCUGGCAACCACCACCACGGACCGUGUGACCCUCACCCCACCUACACAGAUCUCUCGGCUCACCACUCGUCUCAGGGACGCCUGCCCGAGGCCCCCAAACUGACACAUCUGUAGCGGUUGCCGCCGGCCUGGUAGCUCGGCGCAAUUACCUCUCUGGUUUUGGUGGCAGGGGUGGUGGCGGGGCGGGGCCCGAGGGGCAGCUCGGGGGACCCCCCCCCCCUCCCCGAUCUGGUCUGGCCGCUGCCUCGUGAGUCUCGGGCUUCCAGCGGCCGAGGCUGAUACGACUGGGCCUCCCCUCCAGGCGCGUCCUCCUUUGGGUGACUCGCCAUAAAUCAGCCGCAAGGAUCCUCCCCUGUAAACCUGACAGUGCCAUAUACUGCGGACCGAGGGACUCUAAUCUGGUAAUGGUGUCCCUAAGGUAAGUCCGAGACCCACCCGUGGCGUGUCCUGAAGAGGGACUAGAGCCUGGAGAAUCCCGGGCCUGGCCCCUCCGUCUAGCUUAGUUUCAGAGACCUUAAUUUAUAUGCUCCUUCUCCUCCUGUAAAGAUUGCAUUGGACUAAACAAUCUGUAUUUAUUAUUUGAAGCGAGUAAUUUCGUUUCCCUGAUUAUUUAUCCUCGUCUUAAUGUAUUUAUGUGUAUAUUUGUAGAAUUCUCCAGACGGGCCUAGGUACGCGCUCCCAGGCCUUGGGGGCCACAUUUCACCUCUUUAGUCCCCUUGGUCUGAACUAGUUGAGAGAGUAGUUUUGAACAGUUGUAACCGUGGCUGGUGUUUGUAGUUGAUGUAAAGGAUUGAGAUCAUAAAUGGUCCUUCAUGGGUAGAGUCAGGCAGCCCGGUGGCAUAGCACGGCUCACGUUAGCCGUUUCUCAACAGCCGAAGCCCUCACCACUCGACACAGCUUAUUGAUUUCAAAUUGUCUGGUACUAUUUGAACAAACAUUUAGAAUAAAAAAAUUUUUCUCAGUUGGAAGUGUAUCUGUGUUAAUCACACACAUUUGCAGGCAGACAACUCUGCCUUGAUCCCUCUGUAAGACACCCUCCCCCCCCAAAAAAAAGGACCCUCUGAAAAAUAUUUUAUUUAUUCGGAACCUAUUGCACAAAUUGUCGUGGAGGAAUUGAAAUAGGGUGGCAGUAAUCAGAGGACGCAAACCUCAAAAUAUUCUAGAUGGGGUGAUGGCAAUGAGACUUCCCCAAAGCAACACCUCUUUCUAGACAAGAUCGGUCCGUGGAGGGGGGGAGGCAGAGCUCUUUUUUUCUGCAUUAAAUAAUAAAAAUUAAACUUUGGGGGAAAAAAACCUGACAAUCAAAGAAAAAGCGUAAGAGAAACAGGAAAGAUUAAGCUAUGAAAAGCUAAGGUGCAGGCGGAUAAAAAAAAAAAUGACCACGCAGAGACAAGCACCCAGGCUUUUAUCUCUAGGAAGUACUCACGAUUUUUUCCUUUGUCAUGAUCAAUAGUUCAUUUCAAAAGAAAACAAAUGUUCUCCAUAGAUGUAAAAUAAUAAAAGUUUCAUUAACGGAACAUAACACGUAUAAA